UUCAGUAGUUUGCUGGAGGUGCAGCGACACACUGGCCGCAAAAUGAGCUCCCAAUUAAUUUGCAAGAGUACAUUUUUCAUAAUUGUGCUAGCCACUAUUUUGGUGGACGACACUUUAACAAGGAAUGUGGUUCAAAACAACGAUUCAAAGGGUUCGGCCCAGAUAAGAAUGGGUAUAUUGACUGAUCCUACUAAUGAUACAGAUUGUUCUGGUACUGGGGAUCCACCGGUUCUACCAGCUUUUGCGGAUCCCAACAAUAUCACAAACUUUUAUCAGUGCCUCUGGUUUCCUGAUAACACAUGCUCCUGCGCAUACUGGUACCUGGCUCAUAUUGCGUGUUCACCAGGGGGUUACUUCGACACGACCUUAUUAGACUGUUUGCCAAUUGAAGUGACCUCGGGACCAACGGAUUUGCCGACUACGACUGAACAAUUUACAACAGAGCCACCAACCACAGAAGGACCCACAACCACAGAAGUACCCACAACCACAGAAGUACCCACAACCACAGAAGUACCCACAACCACAGAAGUACCUACAACCACAGAAGCGCCCACAACCACAGAAGCACCCACAACCACAGAAGUACCCACAACCACAGAAGUACCUACAACCACAGAAGUACCCACAACCACAGAAGUACCCACAACCACAGAAGCACACACAACCACAGAAGCACCCACAACCACAGAUCAACCAACAACCACAGAUCUACCAACGACCACAGAUCAACCAACAACCACAGACCAGCCAACAACCACAGAUCAGCCAACAACUACAGAUCUACCAACAACCACAGAUCUGCCAACAACCACAGACCUACCAACAACCACAGAUCAACCAACAACUACAAAUCUACCAACAACCACGGAUCUACCAACAACCACAGAUCUACCAACAACCACAGAUCAACAAACAACCACAGACCAACCCACAACCACAGAUCAACCAACAACCACAGAUCAACCAACAACCACAGACCAGCCAACAACCACAGAUCAACCAACAACUACAGAUCUACCAACAACCACAGAUCUGCCAACAACCACAGACCUACCAACAACCACAGAUCAACCAACAACUACAGAUCUACCAACAGCCACAGAUCUACCAACAACCACAGACCAACCAACAACCACAGCCCAACCCACAACCACAGAUCAACCAACAACCACAGAUCAACCAACAACCACAGAUCUACCAACAACCACAGACCUACCAACAACCUCAGAUCUACCAACAACCACAGACCUACCCACAACUUCAGACGUACCUACAACCUCAGACCUACCCACAACAGCACAACCAGUAACAGAGUUAACAACACCUUCGCCGUUCACGUGCGUAGAAGAGGGCACCUUCCCACAUGCGAACUGUACCAUGUAUUACCGAUGCAUACUCAUUAUGAAUCAAAUGGUCAAAUACGAAAUGGCCUGCCCAGCAAAUAGUUACUACAACCAGGUUUCUAAAUUAUGUGUACUUGGAACCUGUCCAACAACCACACCGACAACAAUUUCCUCCACUACAUUAAUAACUACCAUCAUAAUGACGACUGCUGACACUACAACCCAAGAAGUAACUACCACACCUGUCACAACUUUCAUUCCCUCAAUAACCACUGCCGGACCCGAAAUGCCUACCUGUACUGACCCAGGAGUGUACCCAUAUCCAGGCGAUUGCACCCAAUAUUUCAAGUGUGUUGAGUUUGCAGGAGGUUGGUACAUCUAUAUUUAUAAGUGUCCGAUUGACAGCUAUUUCGACGGUACCAUUCCGGGUUGUGUCGUUGGAACUUGUCCAGCAACAAAUCUAACUACAUCACCUCCAACAACUACUGAAAUUACUACAGUUUCCGAUACAACACCAGAAUCCACCACGCCAGAAGCAACGCCAGUGGCAUCCACCACAAUAGCCCCAUUCCAAUGCGGCACCACGGAAGGUACUUUCCCCGACCCUACCGACUGCACAAAAUACAAGAGAUGCAUAAUAAUCGCUGGGGUUAUGCGCUUAUACACGUACACUUGCCCGUCAGGGUCAUCUUUUGAUCCUGCCAAGAACUUAUGUGUGACAGGAGCUUGUCCAACUACACUCCCUCCUACAACUACUGCAAUUACAACAGCAGCCACCACCUCAACGCCAUCUACAACAUUAGCCCCAUUCCAAUGCGGCACUACCGAGGGCACUUUCCCCGAACCAACAGACUGCACAAAAUAUAAUCGCUGCAUUUUAAUCGCUGGAGUUAUGCGCUUGUACUCGUACACUUGCCCUGCAGGGUCGUAUUUUGAUCCUACAAAGAAUUUAUGUGUGUCAGGAACUUGUGCAGGCACACAACCUCCAACGACAGUAAUUCCGACAACGACUGCAAUUGCAACAGUACCCACCACGUCAGGGCUUCCUACCACAGUAGCUCCUUUCCAGUGCGGCGCCACCGCGGGUACUUAUCCGGACCCUACAGACUGUACGAAAUAUAAUCGCUGCAUUCUAAUCGCGGGAGUCAUGCGCUUAUACUCAUACACUUGCCCUUCUGGAUCGCAUUUUGAUCCAGUAAAGACAUUAUGUGUUCAAGGAACUUGCUAAUGAUGGUGCCCAUCUUUUGAGACAGUUUUAUCCAAAUAGUCAGUAUUCAUGUCCAACGGUUAUUAAUUUAGCUACUAUUUCAGCACGAUAAUGGUCAAAGCGAUAUAGAAAUUUGGAUAUUAAGUUUCCAGAAAAUUGUUAACAACCCAGUCCACACAUUCGUGAUUAUUAUUGUUAUCUCUAUAGUUCGCCAAAUACUUCUUUAAUCUACGCAAUCAAUGUAAACAUUCAAAAUAUCUUCCACUUAUCAUAUUAUUGUAAUGUGAUACUUCGCUAAAUACUAUUCGACAUGUACGACAUUAUAUCUUUCUUCUGAAUCCAUUAAUGUUGAAUAUGGAAUGAAACAAUUAAUUAUUCUACUAACUUGUUAGGUUACCGGAUAUAUGUUCCAUCAAGAGUUACUAAUCAUUAUUUUCGUAAAUUUGGGCAAUUACAUAUAUCAGGAGUUAUCGUAGCGGAAGCGGGAUGAUGUAAAUAUCUACUUUGUGGGGUAACCACCCUUGAUGAAGACAACCAGGCUAGCGGCGGUAGCACAUGAAAGGAUAAACUCCGACCCAUACAAUCAAUUGCCGAUAAAAGAAAAAUUACAUAGAUUAUACAAAUAAUUUACGAAAUAGAAAUUUAACAAGCUCUCACCUGAAAUCAAAACCACCAUCUGUAGAUAUAACCCAUGAAUAUGUUUUCAUCAAAUAAAUACAAAUUAUUCAGUAAACACUUA